UGUUGUAUCAUCCUCUGCUCUAUGCUAAUUCAUAUGGUUUGUUUUACAGGAUCACAUACCCUGGUUGCUACAGGAACAUUAUUAGGAGCCAAUCCUAACAGGGUUGUUGUGAAGAAAGUUGUCCUCAGCGGCCAUCCGUUCAAGAUCAUGAAAAGACAAGCAGUGGUCCGCUACAUGUUCUUUAAUAGAGAGGAUAUUAUGUGGUUUAAGCCGAUUGAACUUAAGACAAAGUGGGGUCGACGAGGUCAUAUUAAGGAACCUUUAGGAACACAUGGCCAUAUGAAAUGCAUUUUUGACGGUCAGUUGAAGUCACAGGAUACAGUCCUAAUGACACUUUACAAACGCAUAUACCCCAAAUGGACGUAUGACAUUGAGGGCAGUGCUAAUGUCCAGGUCACUCCCGAAACUGUAGUGAGUUGCACGUAUGUUGAAGAUAUGGAGUGAUGCAGGUGACAGCGUAUGGUGUAUUCCUUAAGGUUGACAUUGUCUUUGCAAAUCAUAUUUGUAGGGGAUGUUGGAUUGCAUGCGAUUGAUUUUCUUCACUGGAUUCUUUGUGUCUAUGAGAACCCACAUAGAUUUUCA